GUCCUCACCACUGCCAGCUCUCUGAGAAGUCAUGGUGUUAAAUACAGAUGGCACUGCCCUAUAGCAUAUACUUAAUGAACUCCAGUGACAAUGGCUUCCCAGGAUAGUGAAAUAAGCCAAGAGAAUUCAGGAGAGACAAAAGAAUCUGAAGGAAAAAUAUGUCCUCUAAAUGAAGAAAAAAAUAUAAAAGAUCUGAUAGAGGCGCUUAUUGAUGCUAGCGAUAACCUUUUUGAAGAUGAUCAGAAAUCGGUGGAGUGGCUUAUUGGCACUGGAUGGGAAGAAGCUGUGUGUGGCUGGGGAACAGUUUCAUCUACAGCCUGUCUGUAUCCUCAGAAGAAACUAAAGAAAAUGAAAGAAGGCGAAUCCUUUAACUGUAUCAUUUGUGUAGAUAUGCGUCAGGUCACAGACAGCAAAAAUGUAGCUUUGGAUACAAAAACCACAACAGAGACUUAUACUAAAGAGAGAUCAAAGUCUGGACAACAUGGGGCAGGUAAGGUAGCCCAUGCAGAGAAGGACUUGCCCCGGAGGCUUACGGAUAAGUGCUCUUCCCCAGUGGUUACUACAACACAAAGCUAUUAUGAGAAAAUAUCCUCAGGAGAAGUAUACUGCCAUGACGAUAAACAAGACAAGCAGGAGAUAUUAGAAAGCACAAAAUCUGCUGAGAACGAUGGUGGCAGACUUGUUCCAGUUAUUCCAGUUUGUUCAAACUGCAGCGUCACUAAGGAUUCAGCUGUGUUUGGUUCAUCUGCUGUUUUGCCACCACUCAGAGUUGUAGUUGGCAAUGUACAGACAGAUCCACUGAUACAGAAAAGCAAAACUAUAUUAAUGCAGCAACUUGAAAAGUUUUCAUCAAAAUCUUCCCUUGGGAAUGUCCACAGUGGUCAGCCUAUGAACACCAAAGAGCUGCGGGAAGAACACAGACUUGUUGAUGCCUUAGCUCAUAACUCAAGGGAUCAACGAACACCUGAGUCUUCAUCCCUUUUUAAACCUUCUAUUCCCAAAACUCCUUUAAGAGAUGCAGAACGACUGCUGUGGCAUUAUUCAUUUCUAACACAAAAACCUAGCACAGUCUUGCCCAGUGCUUCCCCAUUAAAACAGAAUGUUAAUGCUGCACAUAUGGGAUUUCUACAUACAAGAACAUUGCAGAAUAAGCGCAAUAUGAGACAGGACAUCCGUCACCUUAAUGAGGCUAAGCUGAGAGACCGAGCAGCAUCGGGAAAAACUCAAUUUUUUACAGGCCCACUUCUGCCUUCCUUAACUGUAACAAGAGUGGAAAUACCAGUAGUACCUCACAGACUGCUGUAAUGUUGAAUCCAGGACACUAGUUGUUGAUGCUGGUUCAGAUAAUGUACCUUUAGUUCUAAUACCAUCUACCUCCUGUCUUAGCAUACGUCAUAAGAAAGCUAUGCCAAUAAAAGUAUUGUCAUUAUUAUGUUCCCUGAAACACUUUAGAUACAGUGUUCUAAAGAUGCUCACAUUUCCAGAUAAAACAAAGACACUAAACAGCUAAAUGUCCAAAGGUACAAGAUAAUACACAUAAAUACAAAACAGAAUAAGUGUUAAAUAUAAGCCGUAUUAGGCAAAGGCGAUGUACAAAUGUCAGCAAAUCAUGGAAGGUAUGUAAGCAAGGAAAUACAGCUGCAAACAUAAUUUCUCUUAGAAUAUAACCUCACUAGCUAUAUGUCUUAUGAUACUUGUAUUAUGCAAAAUGAAAAUAUAGAAAAUGUAAUCUUUUUUUUUAAUAGAGUUAGAGACAAAUAUGACAAGUUUACAUAUGCCUUUUAGUAGCAGUUUUUGUUUGGUAUAGAAGAUAACCAUUGGUUUAUCAUUAAUGUGCUCCAUUAUGCUGUUAUUCAUGAUUUAUAUAACACAUCUUACUAUAGUAUGUUUAUAUAUUACUAUUAGUAAUUCAGUUUGAUAUGUAUAUAUACAGGCACUCUGUUCCACAAUAUAGUAAUUUUACUUAAAUAAUGAUCUCUGUCUAACCAUUUUAUGACUGGUUUAUGAAAAAGCAUUAAUAUGCUGUAAGCUAUUAACAUCAGUGUUUAUAUGUCAUAAGAAUCACAUUUUAAAUUAAAGGGACAGUCAACAGUUUUGUUGUUUAAAAAGA